AUGGCCGAACAGACUGAGAAGGCGUUUCUGAAGCAGCCCAAAGUGUUCAUCAGCUCGAAGAAAUCUGGGAAGGGAAAGAGACCUGGAAAGGGUGGAAACCGUUUCUGGAAGAGCGUUGGGCUUGGUUUCAAGACCCCCAGGGAAGCCAUUGAAGGGACUUAUAUUGAUAAGAAAUGCCCAUUCACUGGAAAUGUUUCUAUCAGGGGCCGUAUCUUGGCUGGCACUUGCCACAGUGCUAAGAUGAACAAAACAAUCAUCGUUCGACGGAAUUAUCUACAUUACAUCAAGAAAUACCAAAGGUAUGAGAAGAGACACUCGAACAUACCUGCGCAUGUGUCUCCGUGCUUCCGUGUGAAAGAAGGGGAUCAUGUUACCAUCGGACAGUGCAGGCCAUUGUCCAAGACUAAGAGGUUCAAUGUCUUGAAGGUGACCCCUGCUGGAUCUUCUGGUGCUGGCAAGAAGGCUUUCACUGGAAUUUGA